AUGGCGAUGACCACACGUACGGCUAUCCCCUCUGUCAAGCUGAACGAUGGUGUUGAAAUCCCGGUCCUUGGCUUUGGGACCGGCACUACCUGGUUCAAAAAAGGCGAAGCCACAGGGAUCAAUAAAGAAUUGGUGGAAUCAAUCAAAAGAGCAGUUGGGCUAGGAUACCAUCACCUGGAUGGCGCAGAGGUUUAUGGUACUGAACCGGAGUUAGGUCAGGCUAUCAAACAGAGUGGCAUGGCGCGGGAUCAGCUAUUUGUGACCACAAAGGUGAUCACUAACAUUGCAGACAUUCCCAAGGCGAUUGAUGCAAGUCUAGAGAAGCUCCAACUCAGCUACGUGGAUUUGUACUUGAUUCACUCGCCAUUCUUCGCCAAGUCAGACAAAGAACUGCAAGACGCAUGGGCUGCCAUGGAAAUGGUUAAGGCUUCAGGGAAGGCCAGGUCUAUAGGGGUAUCUAACUUCCUACAAUGCCAUCUCGACGUCAUUCUCAAAGCCGCAAAAGUUACGCCGUCGGUAAAUCAGAUCGAAUUUCAUCCAUAUCUGCAACAUGGAGACCUACUUACCUUUCACGAGAGCAUGGGAAUCAGGACAGCCAGCUACAGUCCUCUCACCCCUGUCACUCGAGCAACGGGUGGGCCUCUUGAUGAGCUGCUGUCAAGGCUUGCUCACAAGUAUGGCGUCGGUGAAGGGGAGAUCCUGUUGCGGUGGAAUAUGGACCGGGGCUGUGUGUCAAUUACAACAAGCAGCAAGGAACCUCGCCUCAGUAGCUACCAGCGCGUGUUGGCCUUCCAACUAACACCCAAAGAAGUGGACGAGAUCUCAUCUAUUGGACAGCAGAAACAUUUCAGGGCCUUCUGGAAUGAUCAUUUUGCGAAGGACGAUCGUUCAUAG